AUGGAAGUAUCCGCAUUCGCCCUCUACAUUGCACGGUCAGUUAACCCAUAUAAUAAUAGCUCACUAUUUGUACUAGCACCAAGCAUAUUACGAAAUGGUGGGAUUUUCUUGGUUAUCAAGGUCCUAUAUGUGCUGCUGUUUAACUGGGUAACUCCUAAUAAAUUGAACCGUUAUGAGCGAAUUCCAUUCAUCUUAGCAUUUAUUUCACUUCCGCCAUUUUCUAUCUCUUGGACUAUUGGCGUCAUAAAGCAAUACAAUGGAUCCAAAUACAAUAACAAUAAUGAGCUCAAGGUUGGCUCGGUACUCAUUAAGGUUUCAAUCAUUGGCUACACAACGUUGUUGAUUGUUCAUUGGAUGUUGACAGCGUAUUUAGUGCCUAAGAUUGUAAAUGGAGGAAAUUCGAAUAAAGAAAAGAUGACGAUAUUGGCGUCAAGUGUUGCAUUGUUGGUUAUUAGAAUGCUGUAUUUAAUAGUGAUUUUAUUCGGUCCUCCUAGUCCCAAUACACAAGUGUUAUCUUAUGUGUUCUGCAUCGUGCCGGAGCUGCUUAAUUUGUUGUUGCUUGGCAUUACUGAUUUGAAACAGUUUUAUGUGAAAACUUUGAAUAUCAAUGAUGCAAUUAUAUAA